UCCACUCACCCGGGGAACCGGGCCAUUUGCUUCACCCGAAGAUGCGUCGCUUCAAGGAAGUGGAACAUGUCAUGUGACCAAAACGAAAAUAGCCCAUUCUUCCGGGGAUGACAACUUGAGUUUUUUCAAAGGCCUGUUACCAGGGAGGUGAGACAGUGUGGAGUGUGUGUUGGGGGGGAUGGAGGAGUUUCCAGUGAGGACGGUGGAGGGGCUGUGUCUAGGCACCAGCUUGGCUAUGUCAGGCCUCUUCUACUACAUCUACAGGAAAAAGAGGAAGACGGUGGACAAGCUCAAUGAUGCACCACAGUUUACUUUGGAUCGGAAACUGGCAGACCUUUUGAAUGUGACGCCGGGAAAGUGUCUGCAGUAUGUUGUCAUUGAAGGGGCAGUGCAGCCUCUGGGGGAGCCUCUGAGGAGUCUGUUCCAGGAGGGCAGUGUGGGGGUGGUGCAGAAACUCAUGCUGAGGGAACAUAAGCUGGUGUGGAACAGCCUGUCUCACACCUGGACGGACAGUGAGCGUGUGCUGCACCAGAGGGUGAACGCGGUGCCCUUCAGCCUGGUGGGGUCAGACCAGGCCAACGUGAGGGUGCUGUGUCCCCUGGAGGCCUCGGGGCUGAAGAUGGAGAUCAUCCAUGAGAAGUUCCACCAGGCCAGCUACAGUUUUACUGACAUCAUCGGACAGUACCUCAGUGGAGAGAAGCCCAAAGGCCAGCUGGAGACUGAGGAGAUGCUCAAGGUUGGCGCAACUCUGACUGGUGUAGGCGAGCUCAUCUUGGACACGGACCGGGUGCUGAAGCUCCGCCCGCCCACUGACGGCUCAGAGUACUUCCUCAGCUCGGCUGACUUUGAGACCCUGCGGCUGGAGCAGGAGGGCCAGGCGGUGGUCUGGCAGGUCCUGGCCUCUGUGUUCGCCCUGGCAGGGGCCGCCGUCCUCUUCUGGGUGGGCCGCCGCUACUACCGCAGCCUGAGAGUCCGCUGGGACCAGGAACGGCUGAGGAGGGAGUUUGAGAGGUUGGGUGCUAGGGGGAUGGGGGCAGGGUCUACGGCUGGGGCUACACAAGAGGGGGCUGGGGAGCAGGAGACACCCCUGGAGAACACCUGUGUGAUCUGCCUGACCCAGCCGCGUAGCUGUGUGCUGCUGGACUGUGGGCACGUGUGCUGCUGCUACAGCUGCUACCAGGCCUUGCCGCAGCCCACCUGCCCCAUAUGCCGGCAGGCCAUCAAGAGGGUGGUCCCCGUCUACCAGGCCUGACGCCAAGCCUGGGAGUAGAACAGAUAUCUGUGUUCUCAUGGAUGGUAUAUGUAUGUAUAUCCUGGGGUGUUGUUACCUGUACUCUAUCCAGGCUCUGUCGCCGCCGGCCGCGACCGGGAGACUCAUGGGCGGCGCACAAUUGGCCCAGCGUCGUCCAG